AUGGUCCGGGUGAAUAAUACCUUCUCCACUCUACGUUUGCCGCCUAGUGGAGUCCCUCAGGGAGGUGUGCUUUCCCCUGUUUUGUUUAAUAUCUACACUGCUUUUGCGGACGACGUUAAAUUAUACCAAGCAGUAAAAGCUCAUGAUGAUUGUCUUCAGCUGCAGCGCUCCAUUGAUGUAGUGAAUAGAUGGUCUAAUAAAUGGGCCCUGCCGUUGUCCUUAGAAAAGACUACAGUGUUGCAUCUGAGCUCAAAAAAUAGGCAGUUCCCUUAUGUGAUUGAAGGCACUCCUAUCAGGAAAUUCUGUGGAUUGCGGCCAUCAGUGACCAGGGGCAGCCCUCUCAAACGUAUACUGCCUCGCGCUAAGCACAAUUUCAGAUUGCAUUUCUUCACUAUUAGGGCUGGUACUGAUUACUUUAAGUUGAAGAAAAAUAGAUCGUUUCCCCAUAAUGUUAAGGCUUUCAAGGACAUGGUCGAGCGUUACUUGGUUCCGUAG